AUGGGCGACCCGGAGAAGAAGCAGCCCGCCCAAAAGCCGCGGGGGAUGAUGGAGACGCAGUUUGCCGCCGUCCUGGCGGAUGCCGCAAAGCUCUUCAAGGACUCCUCAUCCGACAGGGGCCUGACGCUGGACGACUUCCUGACGCCGCCGAUAAAGUCCAUUUCCGACCUGAUGCAGCAGCUGACUGCGCAAAACGACCAGUUCAGCCACUUUCGAGAAAAGCGCAAGAGCAUCUUCGAUGCCGUGGCCGUCACGCUGCGGCCGAUAGAGCUGAUAGGGGACAUUGUUGCCGAGGGGGUCUCGGAGGCUUUUGCGCCGGCUCAGAGCAUCUUUGCGGCGGUGAUGUAUCUGAUCAAUGCGGCGCAUGAUGUUUCGUCCAUGUACGAUUCGGUACUGGAGCUGUUUGAUCAACUCAAAGACUUCACAUCGAGGCUGGACGUGUACUUGAAUCACAAGCUUAGUCCUGCGCUGCGUGAGAAGCUGGUCACCAUCCUGGCGACGCUCUUCGAGGUUCUCGUCGUUGCUACCAAAGUUGCGCGAAGCGGCAGGCUGAAGGCGUACUUUAAGAGGCUCGUUGGCAUCGAGAGUCCCGUUGAGCCGGCGCUUCAGAAGCUCAAUGCUUUGACGCUGGGCGAGGAGCGGCAAGUCAUCGCCGAGACGUACGACGGCGUGGCUGAGCUCAAUCUCAAGACGGACAAGGUAGAAGAUCUGGUUACGCAGAUGCACCAAAGCAUAUUGGACAUGAGACUGGGAGAGCAGCAGAAUGGGGCGCUCUCCUACAGAGACAAAUUGCGGGAGAUACUGGAACCUACCCCCUAUUCGGACGACUCGUAUAACGCAUUCACCAAGUACAGAGUUCAGGGCACCGGAGACUGGUUGCUGGAAGAUGAAGGGCUGAAAUCUUGGCUUCGCGGGGAGACUCGCCAUCUGUGGAUGUGCGGCAAUCCUGGUACUGGAAAGUCUUUCCUGACAUCGCGGCUGAUCACCUGGGGCCUUGAGAAUCUUCCUCACCUGGGUUACUUCUUCUUCUCCGCCAACGAUCCCGAGACGAGAUCCGUGCUGCAGGCUCUGCGGGACGUUGCCUAUCAGCUCAGCGAAACCGACGCCUUUUAUGCGGAAAAGCUUGCGAAACAGCUCCAUAGCGGCGACGACAUCAAGACGGUGCCGAGUGCGUUCAGGAGGCUGUUUGUGCAGCCAUUCUUGGACGAUGCCCGCGAUGAGCCCAGCUACGUCUUCCUCGACGGCAUCGACGAAGCAGAGCAGAGCGACAUCGAACAGCUCCUGUCUCUGCUCGCCCCUGAGGACGAAUCCGAACCUACAAAAGUGCAGUUUGCGCUGACUGGGAGGACGUACUUGGCGGACAUUGUGUCCUUUGCGCUGGACCCGAAUGCAGUUGGCCAGGUAUUCACAACCGUUUACGUGACGCCGGAUCGAAUCGCGGACGAUGUGAGCGCCUUUAUUUCCGAGGGUGUGCGGCAUUCGAGGAUACUCAGUCGAUCUCCGGAGGACUUCAAGCAAGAGGUCAUUGAGUCCAUGAAGAAGCAGGUCGACGGCCUCUUCAUCUUGGCAAAGUUCAUGUUGAACGAGAUCAACCAGAAGCGGCACCCGAGCUCGAUCCUGAAGAGCCUCAAAUCGUUUCCCAAGGAGAUCAACGGGAUGCUCAACGAGACGCUCGCAAACCUCUCCGUCACCAUUUCGGAGGAAGACGCCCGUGACCUCAACGAGAUGCUGCAGUGGGUGUCUUGUGCGGAGGAGUCGCUCACGCUGGAGCAGCUGGAGGCUGCGCUCGUCAUGAAGUUUGGAGAUGCUCCGCUGCGACUGGAGGAGUCGUUACGGGGCCAGUACGCAUGCUUCUUUGAGUUGGAGCGCGAGGACGGAUUGACGACGGAUGACCUGCUCAAGGACUUUGCUCGGACGCAGCGCGAGGUGUAUCCGGAGAGAAGCUUUCGAAACGAGAGCCCGCGUGCUCGUGGCCUCACCUCGUCUGAUACGAGCAGCCCCGGCCGAAGAGUGAGCCCUGCUGGCAGAGGCGUCUGGAGUCAUUCGACGAGUCCGCCUGCAGCUGAGAAGAAGAUGGCGAGUCCCCCACGGCACUUCAGCCCAGCGCGGAGCCCAGGGCUCUUUGACAUGUCCAACGAGGUCGAGUUCCGGUCGAAUCCGUCCACGACAUACGUGACCUUUUCGCAUACGUCAGUGAGGCAGUUCUUUCGUGAUGGAAACGCCAACGGUGUUCAUGCGAUGAAAGGGGGCGUUGCGAUGGGAUUCGACAUGAUGACGGCUCGCAUCAGCAUUCUAAAGACGUGUCUACGCAUCUUCAACGACAAGACUUGGUUUGAGAGCCGAGAGCUGGACCACGGAAGAGAAGCCAUCAAGCAAUAUGCCGCGUGGUACUGGCAAGAGCAUUUGGCGGCCCUCGACCCGGCGAGCGUGCCUCCGGAGCACAAGAGGGAGCUGGGCAUGCACAUCUACAGCAUGCUGACUGUCGAGAACAUCAUCUACGACUGGAGCGCCAUGUACGAGAAGAACAACGAGGGGCUGGAGGUGUUUACCGACUCCAACAUCCAAGGCCUCCGGAAGUGGCUCAACGACCCAGCGAUCCUAGCCAGUCUUACCUCCGAGGCAAGAGACUUUGUGACCAAGUCGGCCAAGGAAGACGUCGGCAUCUGCCAAGCAAUCGGCCGCUUCUACGCGAAGCAGUGGCUCUCUGAAGACUACUACAAGUAUGUGCCGACGCUCUUCUGCUUCAAGAUUGUGCAAAACGUGGCAUUCAUGAGCGAUGAGCGGCUCUGGUCCCAAGCGCAGAGUCGCUGGUCAGAGACGCCCGUCAGGGAGAGAGUCCUGAAAGCCAUCGAAUGGGCGGGCUACCCCCAGACAGCGCACUGGCAUCGACGACUCGGGAGCACGUAUCUGAUGCUGGGCCUGCACAGCGAUGCCCUGAUCCACUAUCACAAAGCGCUCGAGCUGGACAACAACAACAGCGUGGGGACCGCUGGGCGCAUCGCCUACUGCCUGUCCAAGUAUGGGCAGUUCGGCGAGGCCCUGGCCCAGGCUCUCAAGUGCGCCGAGAUUGAAGAGCGGAGCAUCCGAGAGGGGACGCUGGAGGGAUAUGCGCUGACGAGCUGCAGGUGGCGGCUGUACAAGGACCAUCUGCUCAUUGCGCGGUGUUCCUACAUGACGGGGAAGAGAGAGGCCGCGUUGGAGUACUUUCGCAAGGCAAUCGCCAGCGCGCCGGCCGCGGGUCUGAACCCGUCUGAGCGGUUCGAGGCCGAGCUGAGCUAUCUGGAGAUGCUGGCGACGGAGAAUCUGCACUCUGAGCUGGUCGGUCUGCUUCAGGAGAUGGCGAAGAAGGCCAGCGAGAAAGACAAGGAAACGACGUCGUUGACCAACCUUCUCCUGGACAACUGCGACAAGCCUCUCGUCCUGGAAUGGAUCCCCCGAGCGGCCGUCAAGGUCGGCCAGGUGGCGUUCAUCCUCCACCAGUACGAGGUUGCCAUUGAAACGGCUCACACCAUACGCAACCAGAUGGGCGUGCUGUAUCUCCGCCUAGCAUACGGAAACACAUGUGCGUACAACCGCGACCUCGACGCCUCGAUCGCCAUCUUCGAGCAGAUCUCUCUGAUCGAGUAUCGGCCGAGGGGCAACGUCCCCACGCGCCACGGCCACGCGACGUCCUUCCAGAAGCUAUCGGCGCUGUACAAGCAAAAGAUCCUGCAGGUCGAGCUGACGUCGCCCGAGGCCGCACAGUGGCUGGACAAGCUGGAGCAGGUGCAGGAGAAGCAGAGCAGGCACCAGAACCUGGACAUCCCCGCCGACAAGUACGGCUCGGACGUGAACAUUGCGUCGAUCUACCUGGCCCUGUUCCACCGCCUGCUCAAGAACGAGCUCAGGGCCCGGCAGCUGCUGGGCAGCCUGGUCAUCAACAGCCUCGACAUCCUGCUCGACGACGAGCCGCGCAACGACCGCUACGCAGCGGACAACCUGCUGCAGGCGUUCAUCGCCGCCGACGACGCGGAGAACGCGCUGGCGCUGGCCCGGUCGAUGAGAAAGGUGAACCGAGCGGCGGCGGCGGCGGCCACGGCCACGACGACGCCUCUAUCUUCCCCCGUGCGGACGCGGAUCGAGCCGAAGCUGCCCGACAUCCAGGCCGCCAACAAGGCGUGCGCGCAGUGCCUGGACAACAUCUCCCUGUCGGACAACUUUUACCUGUGCCAGCUGUGCGUGGACGCGUACUGCGAGAGGUGUCUGCACGGGGUCAUCCAGCAGCCGGGGAACAGGACGUGCGAUGGCAGGCGGGACGUGGUUUGCCGGAGCGAUCAUGCGUGGUUCAUGGUGCCGCCGCUGAACCAGUUUCUGCAUACGGGGGAGAUUCUGUGGGGGGAUGGCAUGGUGAAGAGUUUUAUCGAGUGGGAGAGGGCGUUGAGGCAGAGGUGGUGCGAUGGGACUUGA